AUGAGUGAGCUCACCGCCAUACUGACAGUAUUAGGCAGCGUCACUCGUCCCAUGAGUGAACUCACCGCCAUAGUGACAGUAUUAGGCAGCGUCACUCGUCCCAUGAGUGAGCUCACCGCCAUAGUGACAGUAUUAGGCAGCGUCACUCGUCCCAUGAGUGAACUCACCGCCAUAGUGACAGUAUUAGGCAGCGUCACUCGUCCCAUGAGUGAACUCACCGCCAUAGUGACAGUAUUAGGCAGCGUCACUCGUCCCAUGAGUGAGCUCACCGCCAUACUGACAGUAUUAGGCAGCGUCACUCGUCCCAUGAGUGAACUCACCGCCAUAGUGACAGUAUUAGGCAGCGUCACUCGUCCCAUGAGUGAGCUCACCGCCAUAGUGACAGUAUUAGGCAGCGUCACUCGUCUCAUGAGUGAACUCACCGCCAUAGUGACAGUAUUAGGCAGCGUCACUUGUCCCAUGAGUGAGCUCACCGCCAUAGUGACAGUAUUAGGCAGCGUCACUCAUCCCAUGAGUGAGCUCACCGCCAUAGUGACAGUAUUAGGCAGCGUCACUCGUCCCAUGAGUGAACUCACCGCCAUAGUGACAGUAUUAGGCAGCGUCACUCGUCCCAUGAGUGAACUCACCGCCAUAGUGACAGUAUUAGGCAGCGUCACUCGUCCCAUGAGUGAGCUCACCGCCAUAGUGACAGUAUUAGGCAGCGUCACUCGUCCCAUGAGUGAACUCACCGCCAUAGUGACAGUAUUAGGCAGCGUCACUUGUCCCAUGAGUGAGCUCACCGCCAUAGUGACAGUAUUAGGCAGCGUCACUCGUCCCAUGAGUGAGCUCACCGCCAUAGUGACAGUAUUAGGCAGCGUCACUCGUCCCAUGAGUGAACUCACCGCCAUAGUGACAGUAUUAGACAGCGUCACUCGUCCCAUGAGUGAGCUCACCGCCAUAGUGACAGUAUUAGGCAGCGUCACUCGUCCCAUGAGUGAGCUCACCGCCAUAGUGACAGUAUUAGGCAGCGUCACUCGUCCCAUCGAAAUAUACAGUAAACAUUUCCUCUUUGUUUCAAAAUAG